GAUGGAAUUCGUGGUCUGAAGGGUCAUAAGGGUGAAAAGGGCGAGGACGGUUUUCCCGGGUUCAAAGGGGACAUGGGCGUGAAAGGUGACAGGGGAGAGGUUGGAGUUCCUGGUUCUAGGGGAGAAGAUGGUCCCGAGGGGCCGAAGGGACGCACUGGACCCACUGGAGACCCUGGCCCCCCCGGGCUCAUGGGCGAAAAGGGCAAGCUGGGUGUUCCUGGUCUGCCUGGCUACCCUGGACGCCAGGGUCCCAAGGGGUCCCUGGGAUUUCCUGGUUUUCCUGGUGCCAGUGGAGAGAAGGGAGCCCGGGGCCUGUCGGGGAAGUCAGGGCCUCGGGGAGAGCGGGGCCCCACGGGUCCACGGGGUCAGCGGGGACCCCGAGGUGCCACGGGGAAGUCUGGCGCUAAGGGAACAUCAGGUGGUGAUGGCCCCCAUGGUCCUCCUGGAGAAAGGGGUCUCCCUGGACCUCAAGGCCCCAAUGGAUUUCCUGGCCCCAAAGGACCUCCAGGUCCCCCUGGGAAGGACGGGCUGCCGGGACACCCAGGCCAGAGAGGGGAAGUGGGUUUCCAAGGGAAGACUGGCCCCCCUGGUCCUCCAGGGGUGGUGGGACCUCAGGGAGCAGCAGGAGAAACUGGGCCCAUGGGGGAGAGGGGUCACCCGGGCCCCCCCAGGCCCCCCAGGAGAGCAGGGACUGACUGGAACAGCUGGAAAAGAAGGAACAAAGGGUGACCCUGGUCCCCCAGGGGCUCCAGGGAAGGAUGGACCUGCUGGUCUGAGGGGUUUCCCAGGAGAGAGAGGCCUCCCUGGCACUGCUGGUGGAUCCGGCUUGAAGGGAAAUGAAGGUCCGGCGGGUCCCCCUGGCCCUGCAGGCUCCCCUGGGGAGCGAGGUGCAGCAGGAUCGGGGGGACCCAUUGGCCCCCCAGGGCGCCCAGGCCCACAGGGUCCCCCUGGAGCUGCAGGAGAGAAAGGUGUCCCGGGUGAGAAGGGCCCCAUUGGUCCAACUGGUCGAGAUGGGGUGCAGGGUCCUGUGGGGCUUCCCGGUCCUGCUGGACCCCCUGGUGUGGCAGGAGAGGAUGGAGACAAGGGUGAGGUGGGAGACCCUGGACAGAAGGGCACUAAAGGGAACAAGGGUGAACAUGGCCCUCCUGGACCCCCUGGACCCCUUGGUCCUGUGGGGCAGCCUGGAGCCGCGGGAGCAGAUGGGGAGCCCGGAGCUCGGGGACCCCAGGGACACUUUGGAGCCAAAGGUGAUGAAGGAACGAGAGGAUUCAAUGGGCCCCCGGGACCCAUUGGCCUACAGGGUUUGCCAGGCCCCUCGGGUGAGAAGGGAGAAACAGGAGAUGUGGGCCCUAUGGGACCACCCGGCCCCCCAGGACCUCGAGGCCCAGCUGGACCCAAUGGAGCUGAUGGUCCACAAGGUCCCCCGGGAGGUGUUGGGAACCUAGGUCCCCCUGGAGAGAAGGGGGAGCCGGGAGAGUCAGGCUCUCCAGGGGUCCAGGGUGAGCCCGGUGUCAAGGGCCCACGCGGGGAGCGUGGAGAGAAAGGAGAGUCGGGGCAACCAGGAGAGGCAGGACCACCAGGGCCUAAAGGCCCCACCGGUGAUGACGGCCCCAAAGGGAACCCUGGUCCCGUUGGUUUUCCUGGUGAUCCUGGCCCUCCUGGAGAAGGUGGCCCUCGGGGCCAGGAUGGUGUGAAGGGUGACCGAGGAGAGGAUGGAGAGCCAGGACAGCCUGGAUCCCCUGGUCCCACUGGGGAGAAUGGACCUCCUGGACCACUUGGAAAGCGGGGUCCUGCCGGCACCCCUGGUCCUGAGGGGCGGCAAGGAGAGAAGGGAGCCAAGGGGGAUCCCGGUGCUGUGGGUGCCCCAGGGAAGACAGGCCCUGUGGGUCCAGUAGGCCCAGCAGGGAAACCUGGUCCUGAUGGUCUAAGGGGACUCCCAGGCUCAGUGGGUCAGCAAGGCCGUCCUGGGGCCACAGGCCAGGCGGGACCUCCAGGUCCUCUGGGACCCCCGGGACUUCCUGGCCUGCGAGGUGAUGUUGGAGCCAAGGGCGAGAAGGGUCACCCAGGUCUCAUCGGGCUGAUUGGGCCCCCUGGGGAGCAGGGAGAGAAGGGUGAUCGGGGACUUCCUGGCCCUCAGGGCUCUGCUGGACAGAAGGGAGAGACGGGUAUUCCCGGAGCAUCUGGCCCUAUUGGUCCUGGAGGGCCUCCCGGCCUCCCCGGACCUGCUGGCCCCAAAGGAGCCAAAGGAGCCACAGGCCCAGCUGGACCCAAGGGAGAGAAGGGCGUCCAGGGUCCUCCAGGACACCCGGGCCCCCCCCGGUGAGGUGAUCCAGCCCCUGCCCAUCCAGAUGCCCAAGAAGACUCGGCGCUCCGUGGAUGGAAGCCGCCUGAUGCAGGAGGAUGAGGCCAUGCCGACUG